UGACAUGCCGUGUUUGAAAAUAGAUCUUAUGACACGGUUCAGUGGGGACUGCAGUGGUCGGAUCAAAUCGGUCCGUAGCGAAUACAUCCCUCGUUCUAUCCCUAUCAACUUUUUUCUCUAAAUACACCAUUCGCUUAGCAUCCCGAUGUCUCUGUCGGGUAACAGGCUUGCCGGGUUAUGCGUCAGGGACGGCGGUUGUACGUGUAUUUAUUCAUUAUUCUGACUUUCCUUGCCGUCCAAGCCAUCCAUCGUGCCAGGGCCUCUUCGCAAUCUUUCGAUAUUCGCAAAAAAGUCAAGCACCACAGGCGGCACAAUGGAAGCGAGUGGAGACAAAAUAUCCAGCCUAGCGAACAAGAAGAGGAGCUGGAGUUUAUUUUACAAAGUACGUCCUAUGCGUACGUGAUUGAGCUCGAUAUAGGAACCCCACCACAAAAGCUGGAGUUUUUAAUCGACACCGGAUCCUCAAACAUGGCCAUAGCAGGUCCAAAAUGCCAAGACCAGUGGGGUAGCAAGUGCAAAAUCGACAAUUUUUACUUUCCUGAUAAAUCCACCUCUGCUAGGGAUAUCAAGAUUCCAAUUGAGACUCAAUACGGCAAAGGAGCAUGGUCGGGGGAUAUGUACCAAGAUGUCGUAGCCUUUCCCGAAAAUGGCCCUAAUACCUUGGUUGAAUUCGCUGUGAUAAGAAACGAGAAAGACUUCUUUUUGCGGAACUCGAUAAACGAGGGAAUCCUAGGGCUUGCGUACAGGAGCUUGGCCACUGAUGGGGUGACGCCACUGUAUGACCAACUCGUUUUAGAUGGAAAAGUACCAAAUGUGUUCACUCUUGGCCUGUGUAACGGCAUGGGCCAAAUCUGGCUAGACCACCCUGAACCUGGUACGUACGUCGGACCCAUCCACUACACGGAGAUUGAGCAGGAGACAUGGUACACCGUAUCCAUGACAGGAAUAGAUGUUGCUGGCAACAGUCUUGAUCUGUCUCCCCAAGUCUUCCCAACUGCUAUCGUCGACAGUGGCACGACUGAUAUCUUGCUUAGACCAGAAAUCUACAUGGCCGUCAUAACAGAGCUGAAAAAGCAUGGACCACCGGUAGAUGAACGCUUCUGGGACAACUACUGCGUCGACACAGACCCGUACCAGUGGCCCUAUAUAACCAUAUAUCUACGAGACAUGCGUGGUGGUUCAUUUGGACUGACGAUACUUGGAAAGCAUUACGUCAGAAAACAAGACGCCUUCCACUGCUUGAGCUUAGGAGUAAAGCAAUCCGUGGGAGUACUGGGCGAGGUUGUGAUGGAAGGCAACAUCGUGGUGUUUGAUCGUGCAAGACAGCGUAUAGGUUUUGCACCAAGUAACCUCACCCACCCCGAAGAGGGCCCUUGUGGUAACCCUAUGAGAGUCAACAACACCGUCGCAGGCCGCCUGCACAAGUACUGCCGAGCUCCCGAGAUGCCCCGCGAGACAUGUCCUAUGACUUGCAGUGCGUGUAUCGACGCGGGCGGGGUCUGGUGCCCAACGGGACGAGUGAUAGUCUGGAUAAAUGGCGUAAAAUCCCUCUUGAGCACUAAGAUAGGGUUCUGUUGGCAAGGAGGGUUAUUUAUGCUGAAUGAUGAUAAAGUGGAGACAUUUCUCAAGGGUCAUGGCAGUGCGGAGUUUCAAGCCGAGUGUGACUCUACUCUACCGAUGUACAAACAAUGCCAAGUUGCUGGGAUCUGGCUGGUGGUUGCCAGUGGAGCCGUCCUCUUCAUAUUUCUCCUAGCUGUGCUCUUCUUCUGCUGUCGGCGGUCGAUGCGCUCCGAGUACCACCUCGAUAACCGCCUGAGAGCUCGACAUUAGUUCAGUGUCAAUACCUAGGUCACGACCGCCUUACUGGGGCACAAAGGUCAUGAGACAUAAAGGCCUUAUUAAGCCACAAAGGCCUUAUAAAGCCACAAAUACUAAUGACAUCAUUUUAGGGCAAAGUAGCUUAGCAAAUGUGGACCAUUUUGCGCUCAGAACAUUUACAAUGGUCUUGGCAAAGUUCCUCAGUCCAAAGCACCUUGGAAAUUAGGUCCAAUGUAAUUUAUUUUACAUUUUCGAGGUGGCUGGCUUUCUAAUACUAUAUAAAAGGCAAGCUCCAAGCGCCAAAUGGGCAUGCCUUACAUUUUUUGUAAAUACAUUUAUUUUUUAUUUUUGGACAAAUUAUGUAUUUGGUAUUUUUUAAAAGAUAUUUUUCAAGAAAUAAUAAAAUAAUGACUGAUUUUCA